AUGUUCCGUCUCCCUGACUACGGAGAAGGCAGCGAUUUUCCUCCGGCGAGUUCGAUGCCCCUCAGUCGAUUGGAUGCUAUGGCCAAACACCAGAUGCAGAUGAUGAUGGCCCAAAGUUAUAUUGAGGGAAGAAAAUACUGGGCUGAAAAUCCUGACUCAGAACAUGGUGCUCCUAAUGAAGUCCAGCUCGAAAUCGAAAAGUUCCUCGAGUUUACCGGACUCCUCCCGAAGCGUGUUAGACAGUCCGAAUUGGAACAGCCAUCUUCAGAGUCUGACGAAGAGAGUUCUUCUGCCUUGACUAUCAGUGCUGAAUCGGAGGAAACACUUGCUAUCCCGACCAAAUCACGGUCUCGCUGGAGAAGAUAUCUUUCCUUUUCCUCAAUCUCUCCAUCGUCGGCAAAAUUCCUCAAAAACUCGUCAUCGCGCUCACGUUCCAUGUCUUUACCGUUGAUCGGAAAGAUCCAGCGCCCCUCCUUUCCUAUCCCAAAACGAAUACGCCGUCUGUCCAAGAAUAUAACUCCUCCUGCCCUCAGACGAACAGCGUCUGAGCCGACCAAGCAUUCCCCCAAGUCCAACCUCACUUCUGCGCCCAAAUCUCGACGCAUGACUCUGGACGAGUCGCAGAUCACUUUGGCCAAGUCCCGAAUCGGUGCUGAUACUAAACCAACGGCGCAACCUAUCUCUCGCCUUCCUCGCAUUCCUCGGUUCCCUUGUGACUACUUACCCUUAAGUCCGCCUACACCGAUCAGGCGCAGGCGACCGGCGAAACCUCUAGCCAAACCUAAAUCAAUAGAAUCCCUUGCUCCUCCCCGUCGUCCGCUCUAUAAUUUCGAACGAGACCCUCCAAUCGGCUCCCCAGACUGCGUUCGAAAACACCCUCUUCCCCCUCCGGAAUGGUUUGAUACGCCGUUUCCUGAAGAGCCGAUCUCCGUUGAAGAUGAAGAAAUUGAAGAUGACGAAGAAGGCAUAAUGUGGUACCACAUCCUCCUUGUGCCGGUGACCCUCCUUGUUCUUGUUCCACUUGCCGCAAUUCUCGCCAUAAUUAUACUUCUUUUGACGAUUUUAGAGCAUCUUUUCUCCUGA